AUGAAUAUUUUCCAUAGGUUGUUUAUGUUAUAUAUGUAUUUGUGCACACCUGUCUUAUUUGUGGAACUUUCUUUGCUUCUUUAUUAUGCACUCAAGAAAGCACCGGUGCCACCAGAAACCAAAGAUCCAGUAAAGCUACGACUGUAUCAUGCGGUCUCACUGUUGGUUUUUCGUUUGGGGAAGAUUUUUGAGAAAUUAGGGAUCUGCAGCCAAAUUACAUUUGUUAGAUUUGUGUUAAAUUUGACACCUGCUGGGAAAAAAUCAAAUCUCUUCAUUUGGGAUACAAAGUUUGAACAUGUGCCAGUUACGAUUUACCAGCCGAACAGGCCUUCUACUCAGCCAAGGAAAGGACUGAUCUACCUACAUGGAGGAUGUGGGAUUCUUGGAAGCAAGAGAGGCUAUGAACGAUUAUGCCGCCAUCUUGCCCGAAAAAGUGACUCAGUGGUUGUGUAUGUUGAGUAUCGACUAGCCCCUGAGCACCAACAUCCAGCUCAGUUAUUGGACUGUCUCACAGCCACAACACACUUCCUGAACAAUUCAAAAGACUAUGGAGUGGAUCCUAACUGCGUUAUUCUUGCCGGAGAAAGCAGUGGAGGUGCACUUGUUGCAGCUAUCUGCCGAGAAAUGGUAAAGAGGUCAGCUUUCCCAAAGAUUCGAGCCCAGAUCCUGAUCUACCCAUUACUCCAGAUAAUGGAUCUUGCUUUGCCAUCCCAUCAGCAAAAUCGCUUUGGUCCUGGCUUGACCCGGAUGCGGGCUAUGAAACUUGGCUUAGUUUAUAUAAAGGGAAAAAUUCAGGAUAUUAAUAUAUUUAUGAACAAUGCCCACGUUCCUGAGUUCAUGAAGAUGAAAUACAAGAAAUGGCUUAGUGCAGACUGUCUACCAGAGGAAUUUAAAGCCAGAGGCUAUAAGCCACCUCCGCCUGUUCCAUUUUCAAAAGAACUGUAUGACCGAGCCAGACUAAAUGACGAGACAAUGCUGUCACCAAUUUUGGAUGAGGAUGCCGUUAUCCAAGAGCUCCCUCAGACUUACCUUUUAACCUGUGAAUAUGAUUUAAUAAGAGAUGAUGGACUUUUAUACAAGAAACGGCUUGAGGACAAUCACGUGGCUUUAACAUGGAAUCAUAUAAAAGAUGGAUUCCAUGGAUUUAUAAUGUUUAUUGAGGCUGGGCCAUUUGAGUUUUCAUGUACAAAAACCGCAUUUGAAGAUAUAGUGAAGUUUAUAAAAGGGUUAUAA